GGGCGGGACCGAGGGAAACGAGGCAGGCGAGGAAGCGAGAGAGCCGCGUUGGGAGUCGGCAGAGGAGAAGAGCCUCCGCGUUGUUUGCUCGCAGUCUCACCUGAGGUGAAGAACAAACAGAUUAAAUUGGUAUCAUGGCCUCCAGCGCAGGAAUUGUACCUGAGGAUGGUGAAAGCAGCAAGAAUGCUACACUGGAAAGGUGCUUGAAUGUAUUUAGAGAUGCAAGCAAUGAUAGUGAACAAUUUGCUGCUCUGCUUCUGGUGACCAAAGCGGUAAAGGCUGGAGAAAUCAACUCCAAAGCCCGUCGGAGGAUCUUUGACGCCAUUGGCUUCACCUUCCCAAACCGGCUUUUAACUUCCAAGGAUGCCCCCGAGGGCUGCCCCCAGCACACUUUCCAGGCUCUUGGCCUCACCCUGCUGGCCUGUUUCUGCACCGACCCUGAUUUGGCCAGGCACCCCCAGAUCCUCAAUAAGGUCCCCAUCUUCAAUGAUGUGAUUUCAUCCGACAGCCCCGAAGAUGCUUCCUGCAAUUCCAUGAUUGACGACACUUACCAGUGUCUGAGAGCAAUUGUGACCACUCCCAAGGGUCCCAGAGAGUUGGUGAACAGGGGAACUCUCACAGCAUUGUGUGUGGCCUACGUCAACCAUGGCUAUGGCUACGAACAGGCCCUUCAGCUUCUUCUGGGGCUUCUGACGGCGGUGGAAGCCAAGUGCUGGCAGAGGGCCACACUUGACCUCAUGACUGUUCUUAACAAGCUCAGUAUGGAGUUCCAGAAGGCUGAAGACAUGACCAAGUUCCAGAUGUGUGAAGUGCUGCCCCGCUUCGUACCUCCUAUCCUCCCGCCCACUUCCGAAUGCCUCCAGCCCCUCUACCGGGGCCUGUCCAGCAUCCUGACCAGCAAGCUGAGCCCUUCCCAGAGGGACCCGGCCUUGAAGCUAGCAGCCUGCCUGUCUCAAGCCUGUGGCUCCAGAUGGAUUCCGGCAGGAAGUGCCGGCAGCAAGUUCUUUGCCUUGUUGGCCAACUUGGCCUGUGUGGAAGUCCGCAUGACCCUGGAGGAGCUGGACCUGUCCCAGGUGGACAAGAAGCAGGAGCUGAUGGCCGCUUGCUAUGUCCUGAUGGAGCUCGCGAUUGCAGAAUGCACCAGGGAGAAGGGGUCUCUGCUGCAGAAUACCCAGAAAGUGCAGUUGGUGAUGAUCCUGGAGGAGGCCUUCCGAGCUGUCAUCCAUUACCUGAGACAGGUGGGGCAGAAGAAGCUGGAGGAUCCUUUCAUCUUUGCCUCUGUCCGAAUCCUUGCUGCCUGGCUGGCCGAAGAGACCUCUUCUCUCAAGCAGGAGAUCUGUGAGCUCCUGCCUUUCCUCAUCCGUUACGCCAAGAUGCAAUUUGACGAGGAGAGGAGAAGCAGGAGCGGUCUUCAGCACGAUAUGGAUCAGGCUGGGCAAGGCACGGCACAGGAACCCAUUUGGCGUGGAGAUGCUCUGAGGUUCCUGCUGCCUGGCUUAAGCCACUUGACUGCAGAGGAUCGGCCCCGUGAGAUCCUUAUUUCAGAGGGUGCCCCCAUUCUGUUGUGCCAGUAUUUCCUGCACCGCUGGGAGACAUUUGUUUUGAACUCCGAAACAGUGUCUGCAUCCAAAGCUGUGGAAUCUAGUCUGCAAACGUCCUGUGAAAUUUUCCUGAAUUUUGUCGUCACUGCUCCAGAUUUGAUCAGCCGAGAAGAUUGCUUCGCCGCCUUGAUGGACACCUUGCUGAAGUCGCUGCCUUUGCUGCUGCCGCAGAGAGAACAUCUGAGCCUGACAGCUAACGUGACAACGCUGGGGCUCAUGAUGGCCAAAAGGCUGUUUGCUUAUCCAGGUCUCCAGGGCACCCCAGAAGCAGAGGGUUUCUUCGUGGCCGCCAUCCGCUUCCUGGCCGAUGCUUAUGUGGCCCAGAAGGGCCCUGAUGGAGAGGUGGUGACCCUGGGCGUGGCCCCAACCUACAAGGCGGCCUGGCCAGUGGUGCGGGAGCUUUGGUUCCUGAGCAUGCAGGCCUUCGCCAGCUGUGUGCCCCUCUUCCUGUGGCUGCCCCAAGAUGUCCUGCGCUCCGGCUGGCUGCAGGAGCUGCUGGCCACACUGGGCCGCGUGGUCCCCAAGUCGGUGGAGAUGGAAGUGGUCCGGGCCUACCAGGGCAUCUUGGUGGAGCUGGCCCGGGCCAGCCAGCCCUGCCUGGAGAUGAUCCAGCAGCACCAGGGCCUGGAGCUAGCCAGCCUUUAUGGCAUGGCGGCCUUGGAGCAGUGCCUCUCGGAGCAGUGAGCCCGUCGGGGGCAUGCGUGCGUGGUGGUAGGAGAAAAAGGAAAUAAUCGUGUUUUCCCUGAAGCAGUUUGACCAUUCUGUUUCAUGCAGGUGGAUGUUCUGUCAUCGGUAGGGCAUGAGAAAUGGCAGGCCUCUCUCCUUCCCAGAUGGCUGCGCAAAGUUAUAAAACGCGACGUGAUCUCGGUUAUAUAUUCACUUACUUACCUAACUUAUUUAUUUAUUUAUUUGUUCUGCUUUCUGUUGCCGUGCCACCUCUCCGAGCAGAAAAAAAAAGCCCUCUCCAGGGCAGCUCACAUAGGCACCACGUUACAACCAAGUUUAAAAAAAAAUUAAAAGAGCAGCGUAGAACAAAAUCAAGACCAGCAAUCCACAGUUUAAAAAGAUGAUGAAUUCCGUCCCAACAUCAUGAAUUAAAAUACCAAAAAAGGUCUCAGAGAUCUGUUUAAAUGAUAAUCAUCCUAAUACUAAUCCUAAAGAGGAGGCCAGGAGUAUGUCUGUGGCUGGGAGUUCCACAAAGAGGGGACCACCACUCAAAAGUCCAAUGAUGUUGUCUUAACUGCAUGUUUCCUAGCUCUCUGUGAUAAUCGUAGAGUAACCUGAAGCAAAAGUCUUUACCUGCUGGCAGUCACACAACCGCACAAUGUAUGCCAAUGCACGCCAGUGCUGCUCAGUCAGCUCGAAUGCACUGUGACGGAAGCUCGUUUUGCUCUGGAGAGGAAGGAAGCGGGUACGAGAGGGGCUCUGGCAGCCUCCUUGUGCUUUGGGAGGGAAGGAGGGAGAGGGGAUUUGCUCUCUCUGUCCCCACGAUGGUUCCCCAAGUGUCCUUUGUUAGCCUUGCCCUGAAACCACCAAAGGGCACCAUGGGCCACUCUCAGGCCAUCCAGUCAUUGGUUGCCUCAGGACUUUCGACGUUGUCGAAGCUCUUUUCUUGAGGAUGCCAAGAUAAUUUUUUGCUCUUGCUCAUUUAAUUCUGAUGAUUUAUAAGCAACCUUUUAAGGAUUCAGGAUUCUUCCAAGGCAGCUUAUGGUUGAACUCUAAACUACCAAAUAAUAAUAAAAUGGUUUAAUAUGACAUCAGCCAAAGCAGCUGGUGUCCGUUCGCGCGUUUUGAUUUGGGUUGCUCAUAAAACAAAUGUAGACCCCGCUUUUGAAGCCAAAAACAAAUGAAUCAUCCACCCAAGUGGCCUACAAAUUUUUUAAAAAGGAAAUGAGAAACUAUUUAAAUAGAAGUAAAAACCAAUCCAAAAACAAAAACCAGCGGGGAAGGGGAAGGGCAGUCUAGACGGAGGAGGCCUCACCUUUCUCUCCGAUUGGCCUUCCCCUUCCAACCGGGCGGUUAGUGGUAGGUGGCCCUGUGCAGGAAGAGUACAAGAUGUGGCAACAACAAGAGCAGGGAGAAGGGAUUCCCUUCGAAUCAGCCGCUGUUUGCUGGAAAAGAGAUGUUUUCCUGGGCCACAUAGUAUUAACAGUGGGAUCUAAACUCUCCGGACUGUGAACGCUUGCUUGUUUUGGCUUCUCUGUAUUUGUUCAGCAUGGAGGCUCCUGCAUGCAGCCGCUCAAUAUUAUGUUCCUGAACCUGGGGCAGGAUCAGCUCCUGGACCUCAGGCCAUGGCUCAUUCUCCUGGUGUUUUUGGUUCAGUAAAUAAAUGUUUUGUCUUGUAA